CAGAAGAGUGAUUACACUGGCAGCAGUUGGGAGCAUCUGAAGAAAAUACUCACUGAGAACUUGCCAGUCAUUUCUCUAAUCAACUCAACUGGUGUUUCGCACAAUUCCAAGAGAAAUGUGAAGUUUGCUUAUCAGAUGUGUCAGUAAGGAGGCAGACUCCACAGUGAGCCAGCUGCUCAGGGAGUACGACGAUUGCAGUUCUCAGCGUGGGCUGUCUCUGGGAACUCUGAAGGAGUACCAAAGGAAUGUGGAAAUGGCUAACGUAGGCACAUGUCUGCAGCUUUUGUCAAGGCUCUUCAUCGUCUUGAACUGUGUAGCACAGCAGGUCCAGGCUGUAGAAACAGUGAACCUUGUGGACUUCUGUGGACAAACCAUCCAGAAAGAUGGGAUGAUUGUGAACUCUCACCGGGAGUCUCGCAAGUAUUACUUCAUUGCAGCCAAUACAGACUGUAGCCUCACCAUGCAGGCUUUAUCCUCCAAGGAUAAGGUCCAAUUUCACUUUCGGUUCUUCUUGGUAUACAGUCUACUGCGUAUCUCCUCUCCAAAUCAUCCUAGUACUCUGUCCCCCUUGCAGCCCCCGACCAACAGUCCACUGUCAGCAGAUCCGAGAAAGCCAGCAGACCCUUGUACCUCAGGAUCUUAUGUGCAGUUCUAUGAUGGGAAGGACAGAAAUGCUUUGCCAAUUGGUCUACCUUUGUGUGGGAAAAGCAUUCCGAGGCCCAUUUUGUCCACAGGAAACUAUCUCACCCUUCGUCUGGUGACCAGAGGACAGCAACCACGGGUUGACUUUGUUGGAGACUUCACAUCUUUUAGACUCGGUUUCAACCAGUCAGAGUGCAGCUGGGAGCCAUAUUUCCAGUGCCAGAAUGGCAAAUGCAUCCCUUUGACUUUGGUCUGUGAUAGCAAGGAGCUAGACAACUGUGGAGAUGGAAGUGACGAGUCGCCGCUGCCACCAGCCAGGUGCCAAGGUUCCACUUCCACAACACCUCAGAAAUCAAGCAGAACAACUACAGAGACAUUGACCACCGCUCUAUCAAUCAAUAAGUCAUGCAGCCAUCGAGAGCACCACCACUUGUUGUCUCCAAGCCAGGUGGACCAGCCUGACUCUGUCAAAGAUUCGACCUAUGUGUCUCUUGUGGUCCUUUACGUUGCUCUUGGAGUGAUUGCUGGGAUGGUGUUUCUGUUCUGGUGCUGCUGGUCUCCAGGCUGGUUUGUGUGGCGUGUCAGCAUCUUUCGAUUCCUCCCUUGCUGUAACUCAGUCUGCGCGUCUUGCCAGCUUUGCUCUCGGAGCUGCACUAGACGUGAACACCGGUUGGCCAAAGUAACUCCACACAACACAUCAGCAGUGGCCACAUAAUGUCUUCAUAUGCCUUGAUCUAGACCCACAAUGCCCUGGUGAACAUAGGUGUGCAUUCCAAAGCAGGAGUGCUGUGAAGCCUUCCUAUUUCCUAAUACCGUUCAUAUUUUGAAAUGAAAGCCUUAGUCUUCACCAGUUCACAAAGCUCCCACAAUUUCUUUAUUCACUUUAUUUAAUAUAAAUUAGUAAAGCUCAAAUUCAGCUGAUCAGAGAGUAGGAAAAUUGCUGCAACCUUAUCUGGGGAGACUUUAUCAAAAUGUUUCUAAAUCAAAGCCCAUUGAUUCAGGUACCGGGCUACUCUGACUGAGCUGGAACUCGUAGAAGUUAAGAUUGAAUCUUGACAUCACUGGAGUGGAAAUUCAGUUAAUCUAUUUAGGAAAUGCCAUUCUGGGAAGAUGCCCUGUCUAGAAGUAUCUAGGCAAGAAUUUAUCUUCCAGAUUAGAAACAGAUCAGAAACAAGACAUGGACGUCUCACCAGAGGCCCUCAAAGUGCUUUGGCUGUCUCUACACUCCAAUGUGCUUUAUCUGUUUGUCAUAAUCUGUAUGAUUAUUCAUAAAGAAAUAUAUUUAUAUAGCUACAAUCUGAUAAAAAUUACUAGAAGUGCAACUCUUAAUAAGUUUUGUAUUUUGCAUUUUUAGUGAAAACAAAAAAUUAUUUUUAUGUUGUACAAAGCUAAACUGCAAUAACAGAUUUUCUCAGUGGACAAUAAACCUCUGAAGGUAAAUACACACUGAGGAAUAAAGGUAACAAAGACAAAAUCAAUAUUGUGCUAGCAGUGCAGAAGGUUUUAGGGCAUAAAAAACAUUCAUUUACCAAAGCCAGUUUUGAAAUCACAUGGGGUGCAAGCAAUUCUGGGCCCACUGGGCAUGGUACAACAGCCUUCCUUAGAUGGGGUGCCAGUCCAUGGCACAGCAUGCUCACCACCCAUCAAUCUUCUGAACUUGGUGGCUCCUAUCCUAGUGAGAUUAGGGGAAACGUAGCUGUAAUAUCAUGGAAACAUGCUUUGCUUUCACAAUGACCCUAAACCUUAGGUUCUUUCAUAUGUGUGUUCAUGGAUUGUUAGCCAUAGCGGCACUUGGAGUUUCAAUCUAUCAGGUAGAGUUGCACCGAAAAGUAAGUGAAUUCUUUGGAAUUCCCUGAAUUUCUGCAUUGAUUACUCAUAAAACAUGGUCUGAUCCUCACCUAGGUCACAAUAAUACACAAACAUGAUCUGAUUAAACUAAUAACCCAAAAACAGUUGUACUUUCCAUGGCUUUAUCAAGCACACUGAAUAAUCAUUCACAGUGCAGGCUGGAAAGAAUAAGUGAACCUCUAUGUUAAUCUUCUUUUUAUUCUUUUGGCUGCUCCCAUUUAGGGACACCACAGCAGAUCAUCUGUCUCCAUCUAUCUUUUAUAUCAUUUUCAGCCACACUGACUGCCUUCUUGUGCCCUCUCACCACAUAAACCUCAUCUUUGGCCUUUCUCUUUUCCUCUUGCCUGGUGGUUCCAUCCUCAACAUUCUUUUCCUGAUGUACCCCUCAUCUUUCCUCUGCAUGCACCCAAACCAUCUCAAACUAGCUUCUCUCACUUGGUCACCAGUCUGUCGUACCCAUGUUGUCCCUUUAAUACACUCAUUCAUAAUCCUGUCUACCCUCGUUACUCCGAACAAAAAUUGUAGGUAAUUGGAGAGCAGUGUUUUAGCUGAGUUAAGGAGAUGAGAUUGAAAGUGUGGGUUGCACAGGUGCCUCACUCUUUAAACAAAGGUUAACAAAGCCUGGUUACUGACAAAUCUGUUCUCGUCAAGAAAGAUUGAUUAGUGUGAACUCUGCCUCAACCAAAAAAAACUAUCAAAGGACCUUAGAAGACACAAUAUAGAGAUGCAGGAAGCAGGAAAAGGCUAAGAAAGCAUUGCUACAGAUUUGGGUGUUCAUCAAUUCACUGUCAAAUAGUCUACAAAUUCAGCACUGUAGCUUCUUUUCCAAGCAGUGGAUCUCAAAUAAACAUCACUCCAAGAGCACAAAGGACCACCCUGAAAGUGAUGGAAACAACCCAAGGGUAAUAGCAAAAGACCUCCAAAAAUGUCUACACACUGUGAAUGUCUUUUGUCAACUAUCAGAAAAACACUAAACAAGAAUGAUGCUCAUGGACAUUCACCAUGGAGGAAACCACUUUGUAGGAUGGUUCAGAUUUGCCCAAGACCACCAGGAUGUUUCACAAUGCUUCUGGGAAAAUGUUCUGUGAACAGAUGAGACAAAAAGUUGAACUUUUUGGCACAAAUGCACAAUGUUAUGUUUGGAGGAAAAUGGACACUGCACACCAACAACAAAACAUCAUCCCAAGCGUGAAACAUGGUGAAGAGAGCACUAUGGAUUGGCCUGCUUUGUCACCUCAGGGCCUGGACGCCUUGCAAUCAGUGAGGGAACAAAGUUGUCAAGAUAGUUUAUAGGUCAUUGUAAGGGCAGCAAUCCAUGACCUUAAGCUUAAGAAAGGUUGGGUGAUGACCCAAGGCACACAAAUAAAUCAAAUAAAGAAUGGCUGAAAAAGAAGAUGAAUUGUGUUUUGGAAUGGUCAACCGUAACCCAACUAAGAUGCUGUAGCAUGACUUGAAGAGGGCUGUGCAAUCAAGACAGAAAUAUUGAUGAGGUAAAAUAGAUUUGUAGGGAGGAAUGGUCUAAAAUUCAUCCAGAAUAGCGUGCAAGUCUUCAAAGCAGCUACAGGAAGCAUUUGGUGAAGGUUGUUACUGCUAAAGGAAGAUCAGCAAGUUAUUAAAAUCAAAUGUUCACUAACUUUUUCCCAGCCUGCACUGUAAAUGAUUACUCCAUGUGCUCAAUAAAGACAUGAAUAAUACUUCUGUUUCUACUGUAUGUUAUUAGUUUAGUGAGAUUGUGUUUGUCUAUUAUUGUAACUUAGAUGAAGAUCAGACCUUGUUUAAACAGUAAUCAACACAGAAAUCCAGGGAAUUCCAGAAAGUUCAUUUACUUUUUCUUGCAACUGUACACCCGUGCUCACCAAAGACUACGCUAUCCACAGACCAAACUGAGAAUGUCUCUCCUUACCUCUAUUGACAUGAAACUAAUAACGAGCUCUUAAUUGCCUGGCAAGAAACCACAGGCAGAAUAGCAGUGAAGGCAAAUUGUUGUUCUAUUCAAUAUGAACAGAUUCAAGUGUAAGACCUUAAUCAGGAGCACAGGCAGAAGUACCACAAAAAGUAUACAACCUGGACUUAUGUGACUGCAGCAGUUUUAAGGUGAUCACUACUCUUUGUCCAGGUGACACAUUUGUUAGUCACAGAGCCUGUCCAGAAGAAGACUCACAGCAACUUAGGUCAUUGUCAAAUGGAAAGGAAGACCCUCUCUCUAGGUUUUCAUCUGGUUUAUAUCAGCCAUUUAGUAGCCAUCUAAUGAGUGCCGAAUCAUGCAUUGUUGUUAUCCUUAUUCUAAAAAAAUAUAAAACCAUUCUGUAAAUAAUUAAUAUAUACAUACUGUAUAUAAUGCAAAUGAUCAAACCUUAGUUAAAACCUUUGGUUAAACCUUAUCCAAA